AUGGUUGACCAAACCAGAAUCCCCUUGGCGCGUAAAUCCAGUAAUGGGAAGCUUUUAAGCUCCAGAUUGCCAUGUAAGCCCGGAUGGAUGGAACAGAACAGAAUAGAACAUAGCUAACAUUCCCUUGAAGAUAUCAGGGCAAUGCAACAUCAAGUUGAGUGUUGUGUUGGGCCAAAUUUAACCAUUCCACCGUUCACCACCUCGCUUGACAACGAGAACACUCGUGGAUUAAGGUUAACUAACUACGGCAUGAUUUAAGAGAGGAUCGUCCGUUAAGUGAAAAGGCGAAAGGCGAAAGGCGAAGAGGCAAAAUAAGUGAAAAGAAUAAAAAUAUCGAAUCAAAAUAUCGAAUCAAAAUGAAUAAAAUCAGUAUAUAAUUAAAGCUUUAAUCUUUCAUAUUCUUAUAAUUUAAAUUAUAUUGAAUUUGAUUAAUUUUUCAGUAAUUGGUAAAAGAAAUAAAACGUUGAGGUUGAUUAAUUUUUCAUUAAUUGGUAAAAGAAAUAAAACGUUGAAUUUGAUUAAUUUUUCAUUGAUCUCCACCACAAUGGUCAAGGCGCCAAAUAGUUACCAGUCGACAAGCCAGGUUUGUUUUUUAAUCCCAUAGUUGAUUUAUUUUACCAAUACGUUGUUCAGGGACCUCAGACUGAGACUUCAACCGGUACAAAUAUGGCUAGGGAUAUAGCCAAAGGGCAAUGGACCGAUCACUACAAGCAAGGCCCAUACACGGACGUCAAUCGUGUGUGGUCGACCAAUGCAUCCAUCAAUGACGGCAACAGUCAAACCCAAACUCAGGGUUUCCUCCUUGGCUACCAAUACCGGAUCAUUGACACCAAUGGAGCGCUGGGCUGCUGAAAGCUCCAAGCAGGCUCCCUGGAAUUCAAUCGGUAGCAUCGGCACUUCAUCAGACAACACCGGGACCGGAUA